AUGGCAUCCAGAAAGAAGCCCGAUUUUAUUUUUUUAAUGGAAACAAAAGUUGCUAGAGAUCAUGCUGAGCGGUUACGUGUGAAGUUAGGGUUCCAGGGGUUGUUCUAUGUGGAUAAUAGGGGACGGAGUGGCGAGUUGGCUCUGUUCUGGAAAACGAAUGAUACAGUGCGUCUAUUAAGUUACUCUCGUAACUAUGUGGAUGUAGAAGUCCAGGUGGAUGGUUUGGCACCCUGGAGGAUGACGGGCUUUUAUGGUUUCCCAGAUCGUGGUGAUAGGGAGGAGUCUUGGAAUCUUUUGAGACGCUUGAGGUCCCGUUCUAUGUUGCCUUGGGUUGUCUUGGGGGAUUUUAAUGACUUACUAUUUCAGUAUGAGAAAAGGGGGCGAUGCAGGCAUCCGGAAUCUUUGUUGAGGGGUUUCGGUGAAGCAUUAGAGGACUGUGGAUUGAUACAGUUACCCAUGAUUGGCUAUCAGUUCACAUGGGAAAAGGGGGAGGGGACGGAGGAUUGGGUGGAGGAGAAAUUGGAUAGAGUGGUGGCGACUGACGAGUGGCGGGAGGUGGUGGAAGGGGCCCGGGUGUAUAAUGUUCUGACCAGGAGAUCGGAUCACUCUGCUCUGUUUCUUGACAUUCGGCCAGGGGAGGGAAUUCGAGUUGGGUCGCGCCAAUUUCGCUUUGAGAUGGCCUGGCUGUUGGAUGAGGGGUGUAGGGGGGUGGUGGAGGAGGCGUGGGGGCGGGGGGUGGAAGGUUUACAGGCCCGGAUUGAGAGAUGUGGUAUCAAGUUGCAGAGAUGGGGUGGUGAUCGCUUCCAUAAAUUUGGGAAACGGAUUGCUAAUCUCAAGAAACAGCAAUUGAAUUGUCGUGGUCGUGUGAGCCCCGAGGCGUUAGCCGAGUUCCGCCGUUUGGAGUCUGAGCUAGUAAGAUUGGAAAAGCAAGAGGAUGUAUUCUGGAGGCAGAGGGCGAAGCAACAUUGGCUUUGUGGGGCGGAUGCAAACACUCGCUUCUAUCACAGGUAUGCUUCUGCCCGAAAACGAAAGAAUACUAUUUUACGCCUUAAAGAUGAGUCGGGGGGUUGGGUAGAUGGUGAACCAAUGAAAGCAGUUGUGAUGGACUACUUUAAUAAUAUUUUUGCUGCUAACCCCGAUGUGUGUAAUGGAACGGACUUUUUUGCCUCUAUCCCAAUUCGGGUUACUCACACACAUAAUGAAUGGCUGAAUCGGCCGUUUGACCCGGGAGAAGUGAAAAAUGCGUUAUUUGCUAUGUUCCCAGACAAAGCUCCAGGACCGGAUGGAAUGAAUCCGGGAUUUUACCAGAAGUUUUGGGAUAUAGUUGGUCCAGAUGUGACUAGUUGUGUGCUGCAGUGUCUGAAUACAGGGUCUUUACCAGUUGGGCUUAAUGAAUCGAAUAUUGUGCUUAUCCCGAAAACACAGUCCCCUGAGAUGGUUACGGAUCUACGCCCGAUUGCCUUGAGUAAUGUUGUUUACAAGGUUAUUGCAAAGGUAAUUGCUAAUCGUAUGAAACCCCUGUUGGGCGAUAUUAUUUCUGUAUCGCAGAGUGCUUUUAUUCCUGGCAGGUUGAUUACUGAUAAUAUCUUGAUAGCAGCUGAGGUGGGACAUUUCCUUAACAGGAAACAGUUGGGUAAAGUGGGGUGGGGAGCAUUGAAGCUGGAUAUGGCGAAAGCCUAUGAUAAGAUGGAGUGGGCAUUCUUGAAAAAUAUGAUGUUGGCGUUAGGCUUCCAGGCUGGAUGGGUAAAUUUUAUCAUGGAAUGUGUCACUACUGUUUCGUAUAAUAUUAUGAUCAAUGGUGUGUCAGGAGGACAAUUAAUCCCAUCUCGCGGACUCCGGCAGAGAGAUCCUCUGUCCCCGUACUUGUUUCUUAUCUGUGCAGAGGGGUUAUCAUUAUUAUUGCAGCAGGCCCAGGACAGAGGAGAGGUUCAUGGCUUAAGGGUCGCGAGGGGUGCACCACCUCUUUCACAUCUUUUGUUUGCAGAUGACAGCCUUCUGUUCUUUAAGGCAAAUAUCGGAGAUGCACAGGCGGUUAAACGGUGUCUUACUAAUUAUGAGAAGCUCUCUGGUCAGACUAUUAAUUUUAAUAAGUCAAAUAUAUGUUUUAGUAAGAAUACCCAGCAGGUGGAAAGAAUUUCGGUGGCGGCAGUUUUUGGGGUUCAUCAGGCACAUAACUUUGGAAAAUAUUUGGGGUUGCCGGCUUUUGUGGGGAGGAAUAAGCGGUCAGUGUUUGCUUAUGUGGAGGAUAAAGUAAGGCAGAGAAUAGGCUCCUGGAAUAAGAAACUUUUGUCGCGGACGGGUAAAGAAAUUUUACUCAAAGCAGUGGCGCAGGCAAUGCCAACGUUUACUAUGAGUGUAUUUUUGUUGCCUGACUCAUUAUGUAAGAAUCUGGAGCGAGUUAUGAAUAGAUUUUGGUGGCGCAAUGGAAGGGAUGGAGGGGGAAUACAUUGGCUAGCCUGGGACAAAUUGAGUGUACCAAAGAAAUAUGGGGGCCUGGGUUUUAAGGACUUGAGAGCUUUUAAUGUGGCUAUGCUGGGUAAGCAGGGCUGGAGAUUUUUGACAGACCCCAAUUCUUUGGUCGCAAGAGUUUUUAAGGCAAGAUAUUACCCGAACACAGAUUUUUUGAAUGCCUCAGUUGGAAAUAACCCAAGUUUUCCAUGGAGAAGUAUAAUGGCCGCCCAGGAACUCAUUAACCGAAAUGUUAGACGAAGAGUUGGAAAUGGGGACUCAACGUUAGUUUGGGGGGACCCGUGGUUGAUGCGUGAAUCUGAGCCAAGAAUCGUAUCAGAAAAGCCCCCUCACCUUGGGGAGGUUAAAGUUUCAGAGGUGGAGGUGAAGCAGAUUUUGGCUAUUCCAAUUAGCCCAGCCUAUGAUGAUAUGUGGUAUUGGCAUGGGAACCCUAAAGGGGUCUAUACGGUAAAAGCUGCUUAUCGAAAUUUAAUGGGAACCAUAGACGCACCCCCAAAUGGGUUCACAUCUUGGAAUAAAAUUUGGAACCUCAAAGUACCCCCGAAGUGGAAAGUUUUCUUGUGGAGAGCUGUGAGAGGAGUAUUACCCACCACCAUGAACCUAUAUAAUAGGAGGGUAGAUGUCCCUUUAGCAUGCCCUUUGUGUGCUCUAAACUCUGAAAAUGUUUUACACUCUUUGGUACAAUGUGAAUUUUCUAAAAGUGUGUGGAAUAUUUCGGGAUUUGUUGUGCAGAGUACGGUGGAUGGUGACUUUGGUGUGUGGCUUGAAUUAUUGCUCCAAAAUAUUGAUGCGAAACAGUUUACUUACAUGGUGGCUAUUAUGUACAAUAUUUGGAUGCAACGGAAUACGGCGGUGUGGGAGCAUAAGGUGGGUAGACCACGGCUUGUAUAUGAACGGGCAAUGGCUACAUUGGCGGCUUGGAGCACGGCCACGAAUCGAGGGGAGAGGCAGCAUCAACCUUCCGCUGCUACUGCCAACACAGGGCAGCCCGUGUCACGGCAGUCCGCUGCCGACGCUGCGCAGGCCGCUGCCGACGCUAUGCAGCCCGGGUCGCGGCUCCGUUGCUUCUUUGACGCAACCUAUUCGGCCACAACACAGCAAGGGGCGUAUGGUGUUUUACUCCAGGAUGCGAAUGGAAAUUUUUUGGCAGCCAAAAAUGGCCCCUUACUACUUUGUCAGGGACUGUUUAUGGCGGAGGCGUAUGCAUGUAAGGAGGCACUGUCUUGGCUUAGAGAUCGUGGAGUCACGGAGGUGGAGUUACGGUCAGAUUGUUCGAAUUUAUGUCACACACUUGGCAAUUCAGCGACGGAGGAUCGCACUUAUGAUGGUUUAGCUGUUUCAGCAUGUCGAGAUUUGAUGUCUAUUUUAAUUUUCUGCUCUAUUAUUUAUAUUCCUCGAUCGUUAAAUAUUUUAGCUCAUACGUUAGCUCAGUCAGCCUCUGCGCAGGCAAACUCGAUGUUAUGGGAGGAUAACCCUCCCUCGUUUAUUUCGGCUUUGAUUGAUUAA